GAGUUGGUUAUGACGUGGUCAAGACUGCAAAUGAAACCUACUGAAGAGAAAGUAAAGGUUGUUCAGCUGGACGAGAAACAGAGUCUCCACUGACGAGUCACUGACCUUUGCAGGACUUGGACAACAUCCUCUCACAGCCACACUCCUAAUUCAGCAUGUCAGUGCAGUUCUCUGGCUGGGAGGUGGUCGAUGAUGGUGCUUCUUUUCCUGGUGUGGAGCUGGGGCCAUCACAGACACCUCAGCACCGGGGGGUUUACACCAUGUACCAUGGGACCAGCAUUGCCAGUGCACGACUCAUCAUUGCCAAUGGGUUUAAACCGUCAUCACAUGGUAUGCUGGGAAAGGGUGUGUACGUCAGUCGGGACAGGAAAAAGGCAUCUAAUUAUCCAUUGAAUAGUAACGAUUCAGACCGUGUGGUCUUUGAGUUACGUGUGCGUGUUGGCCGUGUCAAGCGUAUUGACAAAGACAACCAUCCUAUGCAGUACACCUGGAACACGCAGGGCUACAGCACUGCCUGGGUCCCCCCCAAUUGUGGCAUGAUGUCUGUACCUAGCGGCCUAGAGGAGGACUGUGUGUUUGACCCCAAAAGAGUGAAGGUCGUGGGCAUUGUAAAGGCACCAAACACCACCAUAGAGAAGGAGCUUAAACAGCUUCUAGCAAAAAGAUCUGGAAGAGGUGGUGGGCGUACUGUCAAAGUGUGUUCACUGUGUAAGAGGAAGACCCAGCAGGGCUCUGCACACAUCAAGCAACAGUGCUGGGGGUGUGGGAAAAACAUCUGCAUUCUCAUGGCCAAGCAUUUCUGUCCAGCUAAACCCUCUCAGGGCAAAGGGAAGAAGAUGGCUUACAUGGUCAGCUACAUAGAGGACAUGCAACAGAUGCUGAUGUCGCUACAGUUCUUUGGCUGGGAGGCGACCUAUGAUGAUGACUCUCGUGUGGAGCUGAGGGCCUCUCAGGAGCCCAAGGACCAGGCCGUUUACACCAUGUACCAUGGCACCAGCGUUGCCAAUGCACGACUCAUCAUUGCCAAUGGCUUUCAGCAAUCUUCAGGUGGCAUGCUGGGAAAAGGCGUCUAUGUCAGUCGUGAUAAGAAAAAGGCCAAACGUUAUCCAUUGAAGAUGAACCCUUCAGUCCGUGUGGUCCUUGAGUUACGUGUGCGUGUUGGCCGUGUCAAGCGUAUCGACACAGACAACCAUCCUAUGCAGUACACCUGGAGCACGCAGGGCUACAACACUGCCUGGGUCCCCCCCAAUUGUGGCAUGAAAGCUGUGCCCAGUGGUCUAGAGGAGGACUGUGUGUUCGACCCCAAAAGAGUGAAGGUCGUGGGCAUUGCAAAAGCACCAGAAAAUGUACUGGCAGAGCUUCAGCAGAGUGUAGCUAACAGUCUUACAAACCAAAGUGGAGGAGACUGGGAUGCAGCAUCACAUGGUGGUGCUGCGGAUGUGUGUUCCCUGUGCAAGAGAAAGACCCUGCAUGGCUCUCAACACAUAAAGCAAUCCUGCUGGGGCUGUGGGCAAAACAUCUGCACACUAAUGACCAAGCAUGUCUGUUCAGUUAGGGUCUGAGAGGGUGUAAGGCCCUGAAAAACAGUUAGGUUGUGAAACAGAUGGGAUGAGGAUUGUAAUAGAAAAAUCAUAUUUUGCACUUUGUAUGGUCUGACUUUGUAUAACCUUGGACAUGAAUCAUUGAUAAUCCUUAUUUGGUAUUAUGAAUCUGUUCUCACAUGUAAACUACUUAUCUGGUGUUCAUGAAUAUCACCCAGGGGAUAAAUAAAGUAU